UACUGUGCGCAUGCGUUGUACAUUGAGUUUAGCGCGCGAGUUUACUUAAGGAGAGAUACUGCGUAGCUACAUUGGGAUACUAGGCCGUUUCGGAAGUUUUAAAACAUUUGCACACCUUUUUAAUACGUUAUUUACGCGGUGGCACCAUGUGGAAUCAGGGAGGCUACAGCGAGUCUGGAGUGGACGGGGGAUACACUCAGUCUCCUGGAGGAUUUGUUGCAUCCCAGGGAGGAGAGAAGAAAGGGAGAACGCGUGCCACACAAAUCAUCCCCUGCACAGUGUCUCAGCUGAUGUCCGCCUCACAAGCAGACGAGGCCUUCAAAGUGGGAGAUGUGGAGGUUACCCAGGUCACCAUUGUGGGCAUCAUCAGGAGUACAGACAAGUCUAUGACCAAUAUCCAGUACAAGGUUGAUGAUAUGACUUGUGCACCGAUGGAUGUGAAGCAGUGGGUGGACACUGAGGACCCGAGCGUCGACAGCGGCGUGCUGCCUCCAGGAACAUAUGUCAAAAUCUCGGGAAAUCUGCGAUCUUUUCAGAACCACAGGUCUGUCGUGGCGUUCCGCAUCCGGCCCCUAGAGGACAUGAAUGAAAUCACCUCACACAUGCUGGAGGUCGUCCAGGCACACAUGGCACUGGGAAAAUCUCCGAGCACGCCGUCUGCUGCUGGAGGGAUGAGCAGCAACAGCUCCAUGUCUCACCAAACCCCAGCAAUCGUAGCAGAAAGCCGCUCGGCUGUUAACCACGUGGCCAUUAAUGGGCUAAGCGCAAAUCAGAAUCAGGUGCUGAGUUUAAUCAGAGGCUGCCCAGACCCACAGGGCAUCAGCGUGCACGAUCUGAGGCACAGACUCAGCGGCAUCAGUCUUCCUGUCAUCAAACAAGCCGUGGAGUUUCUGAGCAACGAAGGUCACAUCUUCUCUACCAUCGACGAGGACCACUACAAAUCCACUGACAAUGAUGAGUAGUCGUCUUUGAGGAUUUAAAUAACUUAUUAGUAAAAGUCCCCUGACUCAGAGAUGAAACGAUUAAAGUGUUAACAGACACACUCUGAAUGUUUGACAUUCAGGUACUAAUGGGACUUUUGGUUCCCACAUCCUGUAUUAUCUGAGGUCACUUCUUGUUCAAGUUUCUCACUUAUGGCUCUGAUAGCAAUUAUUCCUGUUUCUUUGUAAGUAUCCCUUCUCCUGUUUUGUCAUUUUAAAGAUUUACAAUAAUUUUGUUUCACCCAUCUUUGUAAUUCAGCUUUUCUCAUAAUAAAAAUUAAAAAUUAUACAAAUCUA